AUGAAUGGCAUCAACGGUAUUGCGGCUCCUCCUGGCCUGUGGUCCGAAGCCCGCAAUGCUGAAGGUCGUGUCUACUAUUACAACACCGUGACCAAGGCGACGCAAUGGACGAAGCCGGCAGAUCUGAUGACCCCAGCUGAGCGAGCUCUAGCAAAUCAGCCAUGGAAAGAAUACACUGCGGAAGGGGGAAGGAAAUAUUGGUACAAUACCGAAUCGAAGCAGAGCUCAUGGGAGAUUCCAGAAGUAUACAAAGAUGCUCUCGCCCAGACCGCUCCUACUCCGAAACUGUCAAUGCCAGCUCCUCAGUUCGUCGCUGGUGGUACAUCUUCCUUUUCUUCGUAUCCUCAGCAGCGCGAUAGAGACGAUUACGGUGAGCGCGCUGGGCCGGAUAGACAGAUAGGCUACGGACAAACAGAUCUCAAUGGUUCAAAGGGGCCAACUUUGGCAGCACAAAAUGAACCAGAGUAUUCGACGUUUGAGGAAGCUGAAGCCGCAUUUAUAAAACUCCUUCGAAGAGCAAAUGUACAGCCAGACUGGACGUGGGAGCAGACUAUGCGAGCAACCAUCAAAGACCCCCAAUAUCGUGCCCUAAAGGAUCCCAAAGACCGCAAGGCGGCGUUCGAGAAAUACGCAGUCGAAGUCCGAAUGCAGGAGAAAGAUCGUGCGAAAGAGAGGUUGGCCAAGCUGCGCGCAGACUUCGGGACUAUGCUGCGGAGUCAUCCAGAGAUCAAGCACUACACUCGAUGGAAGACGGCGCGUCCAAUCAUUGAGGGUGAGACAAUCUUCAGGUCCACAAACGAUGAUACUGAGCGACGGCAGCUUUUUGAGGAAUACAUAAUCGAGCUCAAGAAGGGUAACAUCGAACGGGAGGCUAUUACGCGGAAAUCUGCCAUGGACGAGCUUGUAGGGUUGCUAAAGGCACUCAAUUUGGAGCCGUACACAAGAUGGUCUGAAGCGCAGGAGGUCAUUGAGUCCAAUGAGACAUUCCAAGCUGACGUUAAGUUCAAGACCCUUAGCAAGUCGGACAUUUUGACAGCUUUCGAGAACCACAUCAAGGCUCUUGAACGUACCUUCAACGACGAGCGCCAGCGUGAGAAGAACUCGAAACAGAGAAGGGAGCGUCAGAACAGAGACCGUUAUCUGGAUCUGCUUCUAGAGCUCAAGGCAGCCGGGAAGAUCAAGGCAGGGACGAAAUGGAUGGAAAUCCUCCCACAAGUCCAUGAGGAUCCUAGGUAUGUAGCUAUGCUGGGUCAACCCGGAUCAACCCCCCUAGAUCUCUUCUGGGACAUGGUCGAAGAAGAAGAGCGAGCCCUCCGCUCAAUACGAAACGAUGUCUACGAUGUCCUCGAAGACAAGCGUUACGAAAUCACUCCUAAAACCACUUCCCAAGACUUCCUGGAUGUUAUGUCUACAGACCGCCGUACUACUACCAUUUCUCCGGAUACUCUCAAUCUCAUCUUCAAUCGUCUCCUCGAAAAGGUCUUACGACGCACCGAAGACGACAAACAUGCCUCCGAGCGGCAACAGCGCCGCCUCAUCGAUGCCCUUCGAUCCAGAAUCAAACACCUCGACAAACCCGUAAUCACCUCUAGCACAAACUGGGACUCCAUUCGCCCCCACAUUUCCCACUUUGAUGAGUUUAAAGCUCUAGAAACUGACGACCUCCGCCGUCAAGCCUUCGACAAAGUCCUCCGCCGUCUCAAAGAGAAAGAAGACGAUCUCGAAAAUGAGCGCCGUAGCCACAAACAUGACCGCUCACGUACUCGGGAUCAUCGUGACCGGGAUCUUCGCAAUGGCCAUAUCUCUUCGCAUCGUCAUGGCCCUUUGAUAGAUAGACAUGACCGCCGCCGUGGCAGCCGGACCCCUGAAGUUGACGCUUACGAAGCCGAGCGUCGUAAAGCGACGGCUGACCGCGAGCGACAAUACCAGAAACAUGGCCCCACAGGGCUUUCCCCUCCACCCCGUUCCCGAGAGCGCGAAAGCGUUUCUAGUCGUCCUCCGCGUAUAAGCCAUUACGACCGCGAACGACGGGAUAGAGAAGAAGAGCGUGAGCGACUUUACCGUACGCGAGGUGACCCCAGGGGCAGCAGGGACGAAUUAGAUUACGGGGCCGGUGUUAGCGGUGCGGGUGGUAGGAGGAGGAGGGAUAGCGAGGCGAGUGGAGAGAGUGCGAGGAAGCGGGUGAAGAGGGAGGAAGGGAGAAGAAGUACGAGGAGGGAGAAGACGCCGGAGCCUAUAGUGCCAGUGAAGGAGGAACCCGCGGUGCAUUCGGGGAGUGAGGAGGGGGAGAUGGUUGAGGAGGAGUAA